AUGACAAUAGAUGAACUUCAGAAGGAACUAGAUUCGAUUAAAAAAGAAAAAGCAGAUAUGAGAAAAGAACUCAACCAAACAUUUGAAACAAUGAAUAAAAAAAUUGCUGAAGCAAGAACCGAAUUUGACAAAGAAUUGGAUAAUCAAGCACUAAAUUUAGAGCAAGCAAUUAAGGAUUACCGAGAAGCAAUUGUUGAGCUUAGAUCUUCCAAGGAUUCAGAACUCAACACAACAAAUACACUUACAUCAAAGAAUGUUGAAUUUAUAAGCGAAUUGAUUUCUGUAUUAAAUGUUAGCUCAAUGGAUGAAAUUCCAGCUGAAAUUACUCGUUUAAUACAACUGCAAGCAGAUUACAACAAAUUACAGCAGCAGUUGCAAAAAGAAUCUGCAUCUGGUAACAAUUCCAAAAACAUUAAAGAACAAGCAGUUAUUACAAAGUUAACUAAACUUCUUAAGAUUUGGGAUAUUAAAAACGUUGGCCUAAAUCCAGAAUCCCCAUUAAUUCCUUUAUUGAAUUCCUUAAACGGUUGGAUAUCGCUGAUGACUCAACCAGAUUUUAAUCAAAGGGCGAUGGAUGAAGCUGUCCAUGAAUUACUUGAAGUACUUAAUAAUCUUGCUGAAAGCAAAUAA